AUGUUUCAUAAAUGUGAAAAUACUAAUAGGUAUCAUAUAAAAUCAAAUACAGAUUAUUUAUCGAUUUGUCAAUAUAUUCGAGAAUUUCUUUGUAAAAAUAAUGAAUGUAUGAAUAAACCAGGUCCUGUUUGUCCAUUUAUGCCGGGUGCAUUGAAACAACAAUCGAUCUAUUUUUUCUUAGUAAAUGAUCAAUAUACCAAUAAAAACAGGUUGAUUAAAAUGGUACAACAAUGUAAAAAUGAUUUUCUAUAUAAAUUAAAACCAAUUAUUAGAAAUAGAGACAAAUCAAUUUAUAAAUGUUUAAUUAUAUUAAUUCGAUCAUCGAAUAUAUCACAUAGUUUGAUUGAUGAAAUUCAAACAGAAUUAAAACCCGAAUUUAUUAUUCAACAUGGUCUCAUGUUUGGUGAAUUUCAUCAAUCAACAAAUUCGACUGCAAUUCGAAAUGAAAAUGUUUAUCCAUUUCGAACAAUAGCACCAUUAUUAGUUAUUCGUUAUAUGGUUGCAAAUGAUAUUAUUUUUCUAAAUCAAAAACACAAAUAUUCUAUUGAUAUUCGUAUGAGUAUGAUAAAAAAAUAUUUAAAUUUAUAUCAUUCAGGUUUAUUGUAUCGUGCAAAAACAAAUUAUUUAGAAGAUGCUAAUAAAAUUCUUGAAGAAUUGAGUUCUUCAAUUAGAGAAUGA